GCGUGCGACUCCUCCCGGGCCACCGUAGAAGGGCGUCGGGCGGAAGCCGGGAGGCGCUGCCGACCGCGCCUGCGACAGCGUCAGCCGUUCGCGGAGCGCCGGCCCGAUGGCGGCGGCGCGGCUAUGGCAGAGCAGGAGAGCGCCCGGAAUGGCGCCCGCAACCGGGGCGGAGUCCAGCGCGUGGAGGGCAAGCUGCGCGCGAGCGUCGAGAAGGGCGACUACUACGAGGCGCACCAGAUGUACCGGACCCUGUUCUUCAGGUACAUGUCCCAGAGCAAGCAUGCGGAGGCACGGGAGCUCAUGUACUCAGGAGCUCUGCUGUUCUUCAGCCACGGCCAGCAAAACAGCGCUGCAGACUUGUCCAUGCUGGUCCUGGAGUCCCUGGAGAAGGCAGAAGUGGAGGUGGCCGAUGAGCUGCUAGAAAAUCUGGCUAAAGUGUUCAGCCUGAUGGACCCCAACUCUCCUGAGCGCGUGGCCUUCGUGUCCAGAGCCCUGAAGUGGUCCAGCGGAGGCUCCGGGAAGCUGGGCCACCCGCGGCUACACCAGCUGCUGGCCCUCACCCUGUGGAAAGAACAAAACUAUUGUGAGUCACGGUAUCAUUUUCUGCACUCAGCGGACGGGGAGGGCUGUGCCAACAUGCUGGUGGAGUACUCCACAUCCCGGGGCUUCCGCAGCGAGGUGGACAUGUUUGUGGCCCAGGCCGUGCUACAGUUUCUGUGUUUAAAAAACAAAAGUAGUGCAUCUGUGGUCUUCACGACGUACACCCAGAAGCACCCGUCCAUCGAGGAUGGGCCUCCGUUCGUGGAGCCGCUGCUCAACUUCAUCUGGUUCCUGCUGCUGGCUGUGGAUGGCGGAAAGCUGACGGUGUUCACCGUGUUAUGUGAGCAGUACCAGCCAUCCCUCCGGCGGGACCCGAUGUACAACGAGUACCUCGACCGCAUAGGACAGCUGUUCUUCGGUGUCCCGCCCAAGCAGACAUCUUCCUACGGAGGCCUGCUCGGGAACCUUCUGAGCAGCCUUAUGGGCUCCUCAGAGCAGGAGGAGGGGGAGGAGAGCCCCAGCGACGGCAGCCCCAUCGAGCUGGACUGAAUUGGCCGGGCCACGUGGAGACACCAUGGUCAACGGCGGCUCGAGGGACAUUUCGGAGGCGAGUCCUGGGUGGCUCCUGGCCCCAGGGGCUCCUGGCCUUGAGGCUGGCAGUGGCCGCGUGCUGGCGCGUGUCUGUUUGUGGCACGUCUGGUUUGUGCGGCGGCUCAGGGUGGCGCGGCUGCCGGUUGCUAUGCUGCUGGGACCCAAGAGUGGGGCUUUGCCCCUGCUGGCCGCCGCGUCCCCCGAGAUUGACCCACAAUAAAGCACAGGCCUUACGCGGCGUCCCCUCUCCCACUCCUUUGUUCUGGGUCCUUUCGGGGGGGCUGAGGGGCAGCACAGGAGGCCCGUCCUCAGGGACCUGGCACAUCACUCUCCUUGCUUGGCGUCCAGAGCAGCUGUUGUCGCCAAAGCAAGUGCUGGCCCUCACACGUGAGAACCCAGCUGGGCCCUGCGUGGUCUGCAGAUGCGUGCGGCUGUUUCUGAACACAGGUCACUCUGCAGUCACAGCGAACUGGUCCCCAUCGCAGACGGAGCGCAUGUGCCCUGCACCACAUCCUCACACUCGGUGAAGGGACGGCCCACGUGGCAUCCCGUAGCUGCAUCCUGCUGGUCUCUGUGAGAGCCAUGCUGCUGUGCUGGAAAUUCCGCUUUAAAAAGGGAUACCAUGGGACUCUGCCCAUCUCUUUCAUAAUGCAAUAUUUAUUUGUAUUGGGUGAUUGAUUCCUUUGACCUAACGUUUUAGGUUUUAACCAAAUAACCAGUCCAGGAGUGAGCAGCUCUGUUCUUGAUGCUUUUCCAGAUGUUGCCAGAACAAUGACAAAAGGGGAGACGCUCUAUUUUUUCACGAUUCAAUGACAGUUGUAGAUUGAUAUGUAGUUGUGCAUGGAAACGGGAAACGCACAGCUUUAUUUACUGUAAAGCGGAAUUUGAGGAAGGCUUGUGUGAACCGUUGCGCAUAAAUAAACCCUUUCUACCGGGC